UUCCUUUCUGAUACAGAUACAAUGGAGCUGUGAGGGGCUGCAUGUCAGCUAUGGCUCUGCUGCUGUGCAGCAUUGGUGUUCUGUCAGUGUGUUUGAGCUCUCAGGCUGGUUUAACUGUAGAAGCAGAACCUGGUGAUGAUGUCACUCUCUGGUGUCAGUACAGUCUGAGUCUGUCAUCUUAUUUAUUCUGGUUCAAACAAACAAAUAAUUCAGCACCAGUUUUUAUUGCAUGCAGAUAUUAUACAGUAUCAUCCUCCUCCUCUAACUCCUGUUUCUUUAUCACUGAGAGUAACAGAUCAGUGAUGAGAGUGAACUCUAUGAACUCCUCUCUCACUAUAACUGCAGUUAAUCACUCUGAUUCAGGACUCUAUUACUGCAGCACUCAGAGGGAACAGUUCAUGACCUUCAGUAACACAACAUAUUUACAAAUCAGAGAGAGAUAUAACAUGUCUUUCACGAAUGCAGACAAAUCUACAGAAGCUGUCUGCACUUCUAAUGUGGUCCCCAUGCUGGUUCUGGUGUUUGGAGCUGUGAUUGUGGUUCUGCUCAGUGUUCUUCUGUUCCUUCUGUUCAACACACUGAAGUACAGAAAACAGCACAGAGAAGAUUCUGACUCUAAACUGAAACAGGAGAAUGAGGAGCAGGAUGGUGAAAUGAUGAACUAUGUUGCUCUAAACUUCUCCAACAAGAAAAACAGGAGAUCACACAGAUGACUAGAGGAAGAGGAUCCACAUAUCAUAUACUCUUCUGUAAAUCAGUAGAAUUUUGUACAGUAAGUUUACAUGCUGUUUGUGAUUUGGACCAGAGAGCUCUAUGAAAGCUAAAGCUUUAAUUUACAACAUGUAUCUAAAGUAAUUAAUGAGUUGAAAAUAAAAGCCAUAAAACCAGUUUCUACUGAGCUGAUUAUUGUAGAAAUAGAUUUU